AUGUCCUUGCCCCUUGUGCUACUGGCUGUUGCAACAAAGGCGGUUAUUGUGGCGUUGGAGAUGAUUACUGCGGAGCCGAUUGUGUCGCCAACUGUGAUUACGAACCAGAGUGCUCUGUCUCGAAACCAUGCGCCAAAGGAUGCUGUAACAAUCUGUGGAGAUGAUUGUGUUGCAAGCUGUGAAAGGAAAUCGGAAUGUGACCCUGGAGGUUAUGGUGAUCAUGCAGAGGCCAAGAAUUGUCCAUUGAAUGUCUGCUGCUCCAAAUUCGGAUUCUGCGGAGUCACGAAGGAGUUUUGCGGCAACAAGAAGGUCAAACGUCCUUCUUGUUCAAAGACCCAGGAUUUGACCCGAGUUGUUGGCUACUAUGAGGGAUGGAGCGUCCAACGCCCCUGCCAUAUCUUCUAUCCUGACCAGAUUCCCCUCGGAGUCUACACGCAUCUCAAUUAUGCCUUUGCUUCAGUCGACCCUGAAACAUUCCAGGUCUUAGCGCCUAGCGAGUAUGAGAAAACCCUCAUGAAGAGACUGACCAGUCUCAAAAAGUCCGACCCUGAUCUGAAGGUUUUCAUUGCCAUUGGAGGUUGGACCUUCAAUGAUCCCGGAGCAACACGAACAGUCCUCUCUGACAUUGCACGCUCGGAGGCUAAUCAGCGGGGUUUUUUCAAUUCAUUGAAGACGUUCCUCACGGAGUACAACUUUGACGGCAUUGAUCUAGAUUGGGAAUAUCCCGUCGCGGAUGACCGUGGUGGACGCCAAGAGGACUUUAAGAAUUUCCCCAAGUUCCUCGCCAAUCUCAAGAGUGCGCUCAGUGAUACUGGCCGAAGUGGAAUCAGUAUGACUCUGCCUGCAUCUUACUGGUAUCUCCAACACUUUGACCUCGAAAAUCUGGUCAAACAUGUAGACUUUUUCAACAUCAUGUCUUACGACCUCCACGGGAAAUGGGAUCUGGGCAAUGAGUGGCUUGAUCCCGUUCUGAACUCUCAUACCAAUUUGACGGAAAUAACCAAUGCCCUUGAUCUCAUUUGGCGCAACAACGUCCCAUCUGAUAAAGUCGUUCUCGGACUGGCCUUCUACGGCCGUGUUUUCUCGGCUGCCGACCCUGCGUGCAUGGAUCCUGGAUGUCCCUUUGUGUCUGGCGGAAACCCCGGAGUGUGCAGCGACGAGGUUGGUAUUAUGCUGAACUCCGAAAUCAUGGACAUCAUGGACGAGCAACAGCUCUCCUCCACAUUUGACAAGGAAGCCGCUGUCAAGAUUCUCAAAUUCAACACGAAUCAAUGGCUGACGUAUGACAACGGCGAUACAUUCAAGCUAAAGACUGAUUUCGCGCGUUCCGAAUGUCUCGGUGGUGUGAUGGUCUGGGCAGUCUCUCAUGAUCUUCCAUACGGAAAUUUCUCCCGUGUGCUUGGGGAAACCAUCGGGCGAAAAGUCACCUCGCUGCAAUUUGACAAAGAAAGUGAUUCGCUAGAAGUCACAAAGACUCAUCAGCAAUGCAAAUGGACCAACUGCUUCGAGGAUUGCCCGAAAGGAUGGUCGCGGAUUGAUCGAACGGACCCUGGGGCUCGGACUGAUGAGAAGAUGUGGGAUGCCACAGGCUGCGGCGGCAGUGGCUCUCAUACGUUCUGCUGUCCUCCAGACUCAGAACUGCCCAAGUGUGGCUGGUAUACCCACAACAAUGGAAACUGUGACUCGCAAUGCCCAUCGGGAUAUGUGGAAGUCGGGUCGAAUUUCCAACAUUGCAGCAACAACAAGAAUGAUUAUCAGGCGGCCUGUUGCACGACGGACACAGACAGCAUGAAGCUGUACUCGCAAUGCAAUUGGGCUGGCCACGCCCCCGAUUGUGACAAGAGCGUGUGCAAGAGCAGCGAGACCAAUCUGUUCAAUUCAACCACGGGCAGCGGUGGCAAUUACUGCUACGCGACAAAGGUCAAAUAUACCUGGAAUGGCAAUGAGGGUGUCGAGUGGCAGUCGCGGAAAUACUGCUGUGAUGACGACACGGACAAGAAAUGGGACGAUUGCGAAUGGAGGACUGAUAUCGGUCUCGCGGCCGCCGAUGGUGUCGUGGAAGGAUACUGUCGAAGCGGUUGCCCAAAUGACAAAGUACGUGUCGGGUUGGACCAACAUGGCGGUGGCUGUAGAGGCGAUGGCGGAAGAGCCCAGUGCUGUCUUCCCAAAUACAUCACGAAGAGCAAGCGAUCCUACACCGACGCGGAGAGUGCCUUGGAAAAGAACGUGAAGGCAUUCCUAGCGGACCCAGACUGUGGUCCCGAUGCCUAUCAAUUCAAGCGCGACUUGGAGGGUAUUGAGUUUGUGGGCCUCUUUUCCAAAUCACUCAAUCACUCGUCAUCGCUUCAGCCUCGCUUUAACACCAAACCGUACGAAUCAAUGCACCAACUGAUCCAGGAUAUCGCUUUCACUUCCGUCGCAGGCGCGGCGGCCCGACAGAUUUGGAACGACUACGUGGUGCCCGCGUUCCCCAAUUUCAAGAUCGAAACGCUCCGUGCAUGGCUGAACAGGGAUCUUGAAUGGAGACGGCAGGGCUCAGAUAUCUAUGCUGAUAUGUUGAUAUGCAACAUGGGGAUAUACAACGCCAAGCUAGGGGGUCAGAAGUCAAUCAGCUGCGCCUGCACGCAAACAAGUUGUUGUACCUCUGACGAUCCUGACCUCUGUGCUGGAGAAGACCUUGAUGGGACAGAAGUAGCAGAUCUUACGACCAGAAGCUUGGUCAAGAGAGCAGGCCCGCGGCCCUUCUCCGUGGGACUGAGUAAUGGUGCGACGGUUCGGUGGCGCUCGUUGAGUUAUCGAAGCAGAGGUGACUGGCCAAUAGGCCAUCCUAUCUGGAGCGAGGCAUUCGGAUACGAAAAUGAUGUCGAUUGUCUGGAUGUGGAUGUGGGGACUGUAAUUGUCACAUUGUCCGGCGAUAGGGAACCCUAUGAUGUGGAACAUAGUGUCGAAUUGAAUACUAUUCAAAUGUUUCUCAGGGACGCUUCUCGUGGAACUUUACCCACUACGGCUCAUCCUAGAAACCUCCCACUCCCCGACGAUUACACCCAGGCGCUGAAUACCCCAAUGCUACUCAACGCACCUCCAAUGGCAGGUGGCCAGGCAUCAUCAACUCCGCUCGUCAGAAUGAUGAAUGCUCUUGGAAGCCGUCGAAAUGGCCAGGACUUCCUUGUUCUUAUUCAAGCCUUGAAUGGGUUGAAAUCCCGGAUGUGGCGUAAUGUUGAGUUCUACGAUAACAUGGAGAAUCUUAUAGCGGAUAAUGAUUAUCUUCCGGCUCUGCGAAACAUCCGCUCAGUCAUCACCGUCAUCCAUUAUCUCAACCAUCCCAAAGUGCAUCCUCACUUGAUCAACACUGCGAACGAAGUGCGCACCGAGCUUGGUUUAGCCGAUCAGGAAUGGAUCUCACAGGGUAAUCACAACCCUCGAGGCCAGGAUUGGUGGGAUCAAUGGAUUCGAGAACUUUUCAGGCGAAUUGGAGCGGAGAGCAGGAAUUGGGUCAGUAACUGGGUGACUAGGAUGAGAAAUAUCUGGGCCGUGAGGACAGGAGACGAUGCUGUGUUUGUUCUCGAGGCCCUGGCGAGGUACAAGAGUCUUGCAUCAGACAUGGACAUUGAUUUGGAAGGUUUGAACUGA